AUGAGCUCUCCGGGGGUCCCACCCAGUGCCAACGCCCAUCAGCUGUUCAGAGGAUUCAGUUUUGUGGCGAUAACAGAGGAGGAAAGUCAACCUCUACCCAUCGCUGCUGUACAGCGCCACAGAAGCACGGCUCAGUUCUCAGACGCCUACGACAUCAAAGAAGACAUCGGGGUCGGCUCGUACUCCAUCUGUAGGAGAUGUACGCACAAAGGAACCGGCAUGGAGUACGCUGUCAAGAUCAUCAACAAGGCGAAGAGAGACCCGACGGAGGAAGUGGAGAUCCUGCUGAGAUACGGGCAACAUCCCAACAUCAUCACUCUGAAAGACGUGUAUGACGACGGCCGCUCGGUGUAUCUGGUGACGGAGCUCAUGAAAGGCGGCGAGCUGCUCGACAAAAUCCUCCGACAGAAGUUUUUCUCCGAGAGAGAAGCGAGCGCCGUCCUCUACACCAUCACCAAGACCGUGGAGUACCUGCACGUCCAGGGGGUGGUGCACAGAGACCUGAAGCCGAGCAACAUCCUCUACGUGGACGAGAGCGGGAACGCCGAGUCCAUCCGGAUCUGCGACUUCGGCUUCGCCAAACAGCUGAGAGCGGAGAACGGCCUGCUGAUGACGCCGUGCUACACCGCCAACUUCGUCGCCCCCGAGGUGUUGAAGAAGCAGGGUUACGAUGCAGCUUGUGACAUCUGGAGUCUGGGAGUUCUUCUCUACACCAUGUUAACGGGUUUCACUCCGUUUGCUAACGGUCCAGAGGACACACCGGAGGAGAUCCUGGCUCGGAUCGGCAGCGGGAAAUUCUCUCUUACUGGAGGAUACUGGAACUCAGUGUCUCUCGAGGCGAAGGAUCUGGUGUCUAAGAUGCUGCACGUCGACCCCCACCAGCGUCUGACGGCCCGGCAGGUCCUCAGACACCCCUGGGUGACUCACAGAGACCAGCUGCCCAAAUACACCCUGAACAGACACGACGCUCCGCACCUCGUCAAGGGUGCGAUGGCCGCCACCUACUCCGCCCUCAACAGGAACGUCCCUCCCGUCCUGGAGCCGGUGGGCUGCUCCACUCUGGCCCAGCGGAGGGGGGUGAAGAAGAUCACCUCCACCGCUCUGUGACCUCACAACCUUUAA